AUGAGUGCCGUACAACUAAUACUUCGUCGCUGUUAUGCGACAAAAGGCCCAAAAUCCCCUGAAAGGAUAGUUUCCUCCUUUUCCUCGAUCCGUAGCAGGCUCGGAAAGGGAGAAAAAAUUGUCGAAGCCCCUGCACAAGUACUUCCCGUUGCAGCCGCUGUCGCUCGUCGAACUUCCACACCCAUGGCCGUCCGUAUAAGAAGAAUAAAAGCGAAUCGAGACCAAGUCAAAGCUGGCCUCACUGCUAGUGAAGAAGAUACGUAUGGAAGGCUACGAAACCAAACCGACGAUGAAAAACUCAACAGUCCUACUCUAUGGGCCAAAACAAUGCACGAGCGCAGGGCACGAAUUAGAGGUCUAAAGGAA